AUGCGCUUACUACGGGCUUCCACGAUCCGCCUCGAAUCCUUCUUCGACGAAGCGAAGACGCCUCCCUACGCUAUCUUGAGCCACACCUGGGGCGAUGAAGAAGUUAGCUUCCAGGACCUGGAGCAUGUGAACAAACAUCCUGAUUAUCCCCGCGCGCGGAAGAUCUUAUCAUCGCAAGGGUAUUACAAGAUUCGCAAGUGUUGCGAAUCCGCUCUGGCUGAUGGUUGGGAGUAUGUCUGGGUCGACACAUGCUGCAUCGAUAAGACCAGCUCAGCUGAGCUCUCGGAGUCCAUCAACAGCAUGUUCAAGUGGUACAAGAACGCCGCCAUAUGCUAUGCACACCUGGACGACAUUGAUUCAUCAAUUGUAUUCCCGAAUGAAAGUGACUCGCCACGCGAAGAGAACCUGAACAAGUUUUACUUCGCAAUGGCACGAUGGUUCACGAGAGGAUGGACACUGCAGGAGCUCAUAGCGCCCCGAGACAUAGUAUUCUUUUCGCACGACUGGAAAGACUUGGGGUGGAAAUCUGGCAUGUUGAAUCUACUGGAAGAAAUCACAGGUAUCGAUUCAUUUUCGUUGUCGGGCGAAAGCCUGGAAGCAGUCAGCAUUGCACAAAGAAUGAGCUGGGCAAAGAAUAGACACACGACCAGGACUGAAGAUAUCGCCUAUUGCUUGCUCGGAAUUUUCGACGUGAACAUGCCGCUAGUUUAUGGAGAAGGAGAGAAGGCAUUUGUCAGAUUGCAAGAAGAGAUCAUGAAGGACUCAGACGAUCAAACUCUGUUCGCGUGGGUGCCCGACAGCGCGAAGGAUCAAGAGGAGGGAUACCAGAGGGAUAUUUGCAAAACAUCCGCGCGAGUUUCGCGCCCCGUUGGUCUUGCGCGCAUGGACACCACCUUCCUCUGGGCGAUUAGAACAAGACCACGUCGAUGCUGA